GCAACAUUUUACAGGCUGCUGACAGCCACCUGACUGGACGUGCUGGAGGUCAUAUAGGGAGUCAGCUAUAUAAGAAAAAAUAGCUGCGAUCAAGUCCUGCAGUGCCUACAGCCUUCGACUCACUCACUCACACACACACCGAUACUGAAGCAGACGAGAUGAAACUGCUGCUGCUUGCGGCUGCUUUUCUGGCUGUGGCCAGCUGUGCGAGCAUCUCUCUGGAGGAUCUGGAGUUCCAUGCAUGGAAGCUCAAGUUUGGUAAGUACUACAGCUCUCCGUCGGAGGAGUCUGUACGCAAGACCAUCUGGCUGAGCAAUCGUCGACUGGUCCUUGUGCACAACAUCAUGGCCGAUCAGGGCAUCAAGUCCUACCGCCUAGGCAUGACCUUCUUUGCCGAUCUGGAAAACGAGGAGUACAAGCGGCAGGUUUCCCAGAGAUGUCUGCUGCACUUCAACAAGACUAUCCCUCGGGGCGGUUCCACAUUCCUGCCACUGCCCCAUGGAGCUGACCUACCACGCACUGUGGACUGGAGGAACAAGGGAUAUGUCACUGACGUCAAGGAUCAGAAGCAGUGCGGCUCUUGUUGGGCCUUCAGCACAACGGGGUCUUUGGAGGGUCAGACCUUCAGGAAGACAGGGAAGCUGGUGUCUCUGAGCGAGCAGCAGUUGGUCGACUGCUCUGGCGACUUUGGCAACACGGGAUGCAUGGGAGGCCUCAUGGAUGACGCCUUCCAGUACAUCCGGAGUAAUGGGGGGAUUGACACGGAAGAGUCCUAUCCUUAUCAGGCUGAGGAUGGAGAGUGUCACUACAACCCAGCCAAUAUCGGCGCCACAUGCACAGGUUAUGUUGACGUGAAAGAAGGUGACGAGGGCGCAUUGAAGGAGGCUGUGGCUACAGUCGGCCCUGUGUCGGUCGCCAUUGAUGCUUCACAUGAAUCUUUCCAGCUUUAUGAAUCAGGUCUGUAUGACGAGCCAGAGUGCAGCAGCUCUGAGUUAGACCACGGAGUGCUGGCUGUAGGUUACGGCACUGACAAUGGACGUGACUACUGGCUGGUCAAGAACAGCUGGGGUCUACAAUGGGGCGACAAGGGCUACAUCAUGAUGAGCAGGAACAAACACAACCAGUGUGGAAUUGCUACUGCAGCUAGCUACCCCUUAGUGUGAACAGGGCCAGCCAGAGCCAGAGGACGAGGAAAAACUAUGGCAUUAGACAAUAUUAAUUUUGAUACCAAACUGGUAUUUUUCUAUUUCUGACCUUUUUUAAAGGAAGAAUGUAGGUAGACAGAAUCCAAAAGAUAAUGUAUCAAAAUAAAGGAAUGUGGUUCAUAAACAUGUUUUUUUUUUUCAUAUUACAAAAUAUCAAACUGAUUACCAGAUGACCUCAUGCAGUUGCGAUUUUUGUUAAAUAUCCAGAUCUGUUCAAUGAUUUGUGUUUCAGUCCAUUUUUAUAUUUCAGUCAAGAUAAGCUAUGACUAGUUUUUUUUAUGGGUAAUUCAACCAAACAGCGUCAAUAAAAGUCCUUAUUCUCAUGGUACAUCCCGCCUGGCAUCACUCAUCUGUGCCCUGUUAAGUUUCUACAAAUAAAACUGCAAAGCCUGAAUCAUUUGUGAUGGCCAAUUGA